AUGGAAACUGAAAUUAUAUAAUUUGAUAAAGACUGUAAAGUCGAUGAAGUUCUCAAUAAAUCAAACUUGACUAAAGAAUCAUAUUAAAUCUACUUUAAAUAAACGCUACCAACAGACAUAAGCUAUGUGUUUAAGAAGUUGAAUCCUAAGAAUAUUACUUCAUUUACCUAUGCCCAAGAAGGCACUAUUUCAAAGAAGGGUGGAUUGAAGGAUGAUAAACUAAUGGAAGUCAGCUCUUUCUUAAAAAAUUUGAAUUUAACAUAUUUAGAGCUAGAAAUGUGCAACAAUUUUGUGACAGAUAUUGGAAUAGGUGCUUUUUGUGAAAGUAUUACUCAAUCUACAAAUCUUAAGAAAUUUAAGAUUGCUGGUGGACGUAAUUAACUUAAAGACAAAGGUGCUUUUUAUUUGUCCUAAGCAAUAUCAAAAUUUACAUAGUUAGAAUGGCUUGAUUUUUGCGCUGAUAUGAAUGACAUUGGUGAUAUAGGUAUGGAAAAUGUUAUGAAUUCAAUUUCAUAGUGCUCAUAAUUAAAAUAUUUAAGACUUUGCUUAAGAGUAAAUCGUAUAUCAGACUAGGGUGCUAUUGCUAUUGGUAAUGGAAUUAAGAAUCUUAAAUAACUUGAAACUUGCUUAGUUUUAGUCCAAAAUUUAGAUAUUGGAGAUUAAGGAACAGAGGGUAUAAUGAAGGGUCUUAUAGAAUGCCCUAACUUAUCAAGCUUGAUAUUAAAUCUAUCGAGUAAUUAAAUUGGAAAUAAUGGAAUUGCAGCAAUAGGAAAGUACUUGCCUUACCUUUAAAGCUUAACAUCUUUGAAUCUAAUCCUUGACUCUUGUGAAUUUGAAGGAGAAGGAGUGAAAAAACUAUCACAUGGACUUGGGCAACUAAAUAACUUAAGUCUUUUAUUCAUGAAUAUACUAGGAAAUUCUUUAGACAGAGAAACUAUACUUUAAUUAUCUCAAGAUGUCUCAAAAUUAAAUAAGCUUUUAGAAUUCCACCUACAAAUAGAAUUUAAUCCAAAUUUCACCCAUCUUUUCAAGAAAGUUCAAGAAGGUUGCCAAUAUCUUUAGAAAUUAGAAGUAAAAAAUACUGAAUAAAUUGAUGACAACUCUGACUUUUUAGAAAUAUUGUAUCAGCAUUGUAACACAAAAAAAUUAGAAAUUAUAAAAUAAUAGUGCCUUAAAAAAUAUUUUGCUGAUUUAAUGACAUAUAACCCAUAACACAUAUUUAUUGAUUUAUUUUUAUAAUGA